UUCCACUACCGCCGUCGCCACGCACACCCACUUCACCACGCCUUCCUUCCUCCUCUUCCCCUCCCUCUCUCCCCUCUCUCUCCCCCGGCGCAGCGCAGGCCGAGAGGUGCCGUACCGUACGGGGCGCUAGGGUUUACUCCGUGCGGCUCGGGAUCUCGCGCCCCCCCAAUGCAGUCCCCGCCGCCGCCGCAGCCGCGUCGCUGAUCCCGUGGCCGCUCGCCCCGCCUCCGCCGCGGCAGCGCCGCCAUGGCGCGGCGCCACGGGUGGCAGCUCCCCGCCCACACCCUGCAGGUGGUUGCUAUAACAGUGUUCUUCUUGCUCUGUAUAGCAUUCUAUGCUUUCUUGUCUCCGUUUCUUGGGAAGGACUUGUAUCAGUAUAUUGCAAUCGGUGUUUAUAGUUUUCUGGCCUUAUCGGUACUGAUUCUAUAUGCUAGAUGUACUGCUAUUGAUCCUGCUGACCCUGGCAUCCUGAUUAGCGUCAAUGGUGCACUAAUCUAUAAAUCAGAAGCAAACGUAGACACUCAAGAAGAAGCUGGCAAAUCAGGAUUGGAAGCCAACGAGGAAAUCAGAAAGCAUAGAUCAUGUUUAGGAACUGGUUGUUUUUGUUGUGCUAUUUUUAAGAAAGAGGAUUGUCGCAAAGAAGAUGAAGCUUACCAACAAGAAAAUUAUGCCGAGGAGGCACUCUUUUGCACCCUUUGCAACACAGAGGUGCGAAAAAAUAGUAAACAUUGUCGGAGCUGUGACAAGUGUGUUGAUGGUUUUGAUCAUCAUUGUCGGUGGCUGAACAAUUGUGUUGGAAGGAGAAAUUAUAUGACUUUUUUGUGCCUUAUGGCUGUGAGUCUUGCUUGGCUUGCGGUUGAAUGUGGAGUUGGUAUUGCUGUGUUUGUACGUUGCUUCACUGAUAAAGCAGCAAUUGAACAACAAAUAGGGGAAAAGCUGGGCUAUGGUCUUUCACGAGCGCCCUUUGCAGUCAUUGUGGCCUUGAGUACAGCUCUUGCUGUGCUUGCUUCAGUGCCCCUGGGGGAGUUGUUCUUCUUCCAUAUGCUAUUAAUCAAGAAGGGCAUCACAACUUAUGAAUAUGUUGUGGCAAUGAGGGCUCAGAGUGAACCUCCUGGUCUCUCUGUCAAUGAUGAGCAGCAAAGCUUGCCAUCUUCUCCCAUGAGUUCUGCACCAACUGCUUUCAGCGGGAGCUCGUUUGCACGGCACUACAAAGGUGCAUGGUGCACUCCACCACGCAUCUUUGUUGACCAGGAUGAAAUCAUUCCACACUUGGGACCUGGGCGAUUGCCUUCAACUGUUGAUCCUGAUAGCACAGACCCGGUCGAAAGAGCCAAACAACACGCCAAGCGCCAAGUUCGCAUUAACCCAUGGAAGCUGGCAAAACUUGAUUCAAACGAGGCCAUGAAAGCAGCAGCAAAAGCCAGAGCCUCUUCAUCCGUGCUGAAACCAAUCAAUAGCCGUUCCCAGUAUGAUGCCGACCAGUGCUCCAGCGAUAACCUCAGCUGCAGAAGCAGUGUCAUGAGUGCUGAUACCAACAACCACAUCGACACUCGGUCUGGCAGGAAUGCUCCGUACAGGUCCCCUUAUCCACCCAGUAUAGCAAGUGCAGAUGACAUUGAGCUGUACCCUCAGACACCCAGCAGCUUCCAGAGCAACUCACGGACUCCGACGCCUAUUGCAGAGCACCAUCCCUCAAAGCAUUUCAACCCAAUCUAUCAGACAUCAGCAAACAGGUCCCCAUUCUCAGCCAAAGGAAAUGAAGCGGCCAUACCAGAAGCCAACAACGCAAGGAGGUUUAGUGCGCCGAACACAGAUAGAUCUCCUCGGUCAUCGGUUUACUGGGAUCAGGAAGCUGGCCGGUUCAUGUCUGCGCAGGCAAACCAGGUACCGAGCUCUCGGGUAACCCGGCCCGACCUUCUGUACACUGGUCAGUCUAUAUUCUUCGGUGGACCUCUGAUGGCAGAUUCUGCGACCAGAAGUUUCAGAGACCCUGGCGGCUCGAGCCAGCGCUCCGGUGUGUCUCGGCCUCACCAGCUCCCCGUGUUCAUUCCCGCUGAUCCCCAUAAAGAUCACCUCCCCAAGUUGCCGUGAAAUGAACUGUUUUCGGAGUAUCCGCGUGAAGCACCUGUUUCUCUGCUUCAUGGUGGCAUGAUGCAAUGUAUAGUCCUCAGUUCUUGCAUCAGACAUUGUAGGUUAUGAUUUUGUGUCAGCUAGGUGGAAAUUGAAAUUAAUUUAGUAACGAUUUUAAUACGGAAUCAUGAAGUCUCUUUUGUUUAUCAAGGAAAAA